AUGACGCUAUUUUGUCCGCUUUGCUCCACAGAAUUGAAGCAACAUCUACUCCAGCCUAAGCUUGCAAUAAUCUCAUGCGUCAACCAGAACUGUAUAUACCCGUUCAACAUGUCCAUGGAGGAAAUCAAAAGUGAGAAUUUAAUAUUCGAGGUUAAUUCUAACGAUAUCAUGUAUGGAAUGAAGCAGAAGCUAAUGAAAUCAAAUGUUGACAGUAGGAUAGCCGACUUCAUGAGUAAAGAAGAUGACCUAGUAGACUAG